CUCUUUGUCUGCCAUUCCCUCUUUUUAGUGGUGGUUCAGACAAACAUGGCCAUUCCAAAGAAGCCACAGCCAGGUGUGGCACAGUCCUCCCUGGUCCAGGCCAGUGUAGCUGCCAUGCAGAACCCCAUGGGAUGUGAGGCAAUGGCAAAUGAACACUGUCCCCUGCCACGGCUAUCCAUCUCCUCACGCUCAGCGAGCAUAGUGGCCAGCAUGGAUGCCGUAGCCGAUGGCUCGGCCCUGCAUUCUGUGAUGAAGUGGAAGACGGUGCUGGCUGUGUUCGUGGUGGUAGUGCUCUACCUGGUGGGAGGUGGAUUAGUGUUUCAGGCACUAGAGCAGCCCUUUGAGAGUGACCAGAAAAAUACCAUCACACAGGAGAAAGCUCUGUUCCUCCAGGGGAACCCGUGUGUGUCCGCUGCCGAGCUGGAAGCUUUAAUCAAGCAUUCAAUAGAUGCAGUCACUGCUGGGGUUAGUCCUAUCGGAGACACGUCCUAUAACUCCAGCCAUUGGGACCUCGGCAGUGCCUUUUUCUUUGCUGGGACCGUCAUCACAACCAUAGGCUAUGGGAACAUUGCUCCCAGCACUGAGGGUGGCAAAAUUUUCUGCAUCCUGUAUGCCAUAUUUGGAAUUCCUCUGUUUGGGUUCCUACUGGCUGGCAUUGGGGAUCAACUAGGGACCAUGUUUGUUAAGAGCAUUUUAAAGGUGGAAGGAAUUUUCCGGCAGAGACAUAGGCAGAUUAGUCAGACUAAAAUCCGUGUCACCUCCACCAUUCUCUUCAUCCUGGCCGGGUGCAUUGUCUUCGUCACCAUCCCAGCUGUCAUCUUCAAACAUACUGAAGGCUGGACUACCCUUGAGGCCAUCUACUUUGUCAUCAUUACUCUCACAACUGUUGGUAUUGGGGAUUAUGUAGCAGGUGGGGACAGAGUGAUUGAAUAUAAGAGCUGGUAUAAGCCACUAGUUUGGUUCUGGAUCUUAGUGGGUUUGGCGUAUUUUGCAGCAGUUCUCAGCAUGAUAGGAGACUGGUUAAGAGUCCUUUCCAAGAAGACUAAAGAGGAGGUCGGGGAGUUUAAGGCCCAUGCGGCUGAAUGGAAGGCAAACGUGCGUGCUGAGCUGCGGGAAACCCGGAGGCGCCUCAGCGUAGAGCUCCAUGACAAGCUGCAACGUGCUGCCACAAUUCGCAGUAUGGAACGCCGACGCCUGGGUUUGGAGCAGCGCGCACAAUCUCUUGACAUGCUCUCUCCAGACAAAAGAGCCAUUUUCUCUAGCUUUGACAGGGGUCGCUUCACCACAUCCUCACAAGAGAGCAUUGAAAUAAAGCUGAGCAAUCUCCGAAUGAAGGCAGAGCAAUACAACAAGCACACAGCCUCAGAGGAAAACAUCUUCAACCGCUUUGGCUCUCUGAGCAAGCUGGCCAAGCGCAACAGAAACAAAGACAUGCCGCCAAAUAUUGCGGAGGAUGCAAUGCGACUCAGCAGCAACAGCAGCAACAACACGCUGGCUGAGGAGAGACAGGAGGCUCAUGAAGAGGAGGAGCAGGAGGAGGAGGUGACAGAGAAAGAGAACAACACCAUGCUCACCGAUCUGUCACAAUACACUGAACAGCAUGAGCAGCUGAAUGGUUUUGUGCCUGCACAAGCCAAAGAGAGAGAGACAGAGAAAAUGUUGGUAGAGAGAGAGAAUCAGCCAUAGGCAAACCAAUUGAAAUGGGCGACAAGCGAUUCAUGAAUGCCACAGAAUGUGCCUUUCUGUUUUAUACACAAUGGCUCAACUCAUGAAGAUGAAUCUUAGUCAAUGUCUCUUAUUCUCAAACAAGUUUUACAUCUUGGUUGCCAAAAACGUGAGUUAUCAGGGGUCAUACAGUUGUCAGUGAAAUCUUAUCAACUAUGAAGCAUGCUGUUUUUUGUUUUGUUUUUUGUUAUUACAAUUUCAGAAUUAUUUACUGCUAUUUACAAUGCCAGAGACUGUGAUAUAGCAACAUUUAUCUGUGUUUCAAAGAGGGGCUGUGACCAUGGCUUUCCAGGAGCCAUUUACAUGAAGAGAAACUGCUGCUGUAGCACUCAGUUGCUUUGUGUUCAGUUGAAUCUGAGAUGUAAGUUUACAGAGAGCAUGUCACAGACUUUAAUACACGUUUGGCUUUAAGCUGAUUUCAGAAAUAUAAAAUUGCAAACUGGUUCAAUAACACCUUGACUUAAAAUUCUGAAGAGUGAAACUUUUGAUAUAAACAAUUUGAUGUUUCUUGUUGACUAUUUGCCAAUAUGCUAACAAUAAACAAGAUUACAGAUGAAGAUAUAGAAUUAAUAUCUGUGAACGAAUGAUCCAUGUCUGUCAGAAUGUUCAAGCGCUAACAUGAUGUGUUAUAUUUAAAUGCAAAAUUAGUUAGCAUGAAACAUCCACCCACCUGUUUGACUCAAGUACC